AUGGAGCCAUACACAGGCCAUCAACCACCACUUCUACAGCUGCUGCAACCCCACAAACCGAAGACUUUCAAGGCUAAAACCCAAACCAACUUCAACCUCAUCUUCCCUUUCAACAUCCCCCUCACACCGGAGGCCGCUGCUGUUCGAAUCAUCCGAAACUUGGGCUAUUUCAGAUUGUACUACACAAUGUUUAUCUGGGUGAUACUCUUCAUCACCCUCAUGCCAAAGCGGAAACUUUCUCUCUGUACUUGCAGCUGCUACGUGCACUUGCCCGAUUCUAUCGUGCUUCAUCGGAUUAUUGACAAGCGAUUCGAUUUAUCCUUGAUGACCGCCCUCACGGCGGUUGAUCUGAUCUUGACUGGUGCUGCUAUUCAUCUGUUUUUUUUUGUGAACGAGGAGGUUUGUGCUGCUGGAGAAUUGGUUCCACUGGUCUACGAUAAAGCUGCUGAGAAUGACAAGUCUCCAAUUUGGUGUGUUUCCAUGAAUCUUCUUUUGGUCCCUGGUAGAUGGAAUAGAUCAAUGAUGGACUCAAGAGGCUGA